AUGUUAAGAAACAUCGUUAAAAGAAGUAUUAAAAGAACUUUUUCUACCACCCAAAGAAGUUUGUUGGCUGCCCAAGCUGAACCAGCCAAAUACGACAUUGUUGACCACGAAUAUGAUUGUAUUGUUGUUGGUGCUGGUGGUGCUGGUUUAAGAGCUGCCUUUGGUUUGGCUGAAGCUGGUUUUAAGACUGCUUGCAUCACAAAAUUGUUCCCAACUAGAUCGCAUACUGUUGCUGCCCAAGGUGGUAUUAAUGCUGCCUUAGGUAAUGCUCAUCCUGAUAACUGGAGAGAUCACAUGUACGAUACUGUUAAAGGUUCUGAUUGGUUAGGUGAUCAAGAUGCUAUUCACUAUAUGACUAGGGAAGCUCCAAACUCCAUUUAUGAAUUGGAACAUUAUGGUGUUCCAUUCUCCAGAUUCCAAAGUGGUAGAAUUUAUCAAAGGGCCUUUGGUGGUCAAACCAAAGAUCAUGGUAAGGGUGGUCAAGCCUACAGAACAUGUGCUGUUGCCGAUAGAACCGGUCAUGCCUUGUUGCAUACUUUGUAUGGUCAAGCUUGUAAACAUAAUACACACUUCUUUAUUGAAUUUUUUGCUAUGGAUUUGUUGACACACAAUGGUGAAGUUGUUGGUGUUAUUGCCUACAAUCAAGAAGAUGGUACUAUUCACCGUUUUAGAGCUCACAAGACCAUCAUGGCCACUGGUGGUUAUGGGAGAGCUUACUUUUCUUGUACUUCUGCACACACUUGUACCGGCGAUGGUUUUGCCAUGGUUGCUAGAGCCGGUUUGCCAUUGCAAGAUUUGGAGUUUGUUCAAUUCCAUCCAUCUGGUAUUUACGGCUCUGGUUGUUUAAUUACCGAAGGUGCUAGAGGUGAAGGUGGUUAUUUGAUUAAUAGCAAGGGUGAACGUUUCAUGGAAAGAUAUGCGCCAGUUGCUAAAGAUUUGGCAUGUAGAGAUGUCGUUUCCAGAGCUAUCACUAUGGAAAUUAGAGAAGGUAGAGGUGUUGGUAAGGAGAAAGAUCACAUUUACUUGCAAUUGUCACAUAUACCAGCUGCCGUUUUGAAAGAAAGAUUGCCAGGUAUUUCUGAAACCGCAGCUAUUUUCGCUGGUGUUGAUGUCACCAAGGAACCUAUCCCAAUUAUCCCAACUGUUCAUUACAAUAUGGGUGGUAUCCCAACCAAGUGGACUGGUGAAGCUUUGUCUGUUGACGAAGAGGGUAAAGAUCAUGUUGUCAAAGGGUUGUAUGCAUGUGGUGAGGCUGCAUGUGUCUCCGUUCAUGGUGCUAACAGAUUGGGUGCCAACUCUUUGUUGGACUUGGUCGUUUUUGGGAGAAGUGUUGCUCACAACAUUGCUGAUACUUUACAGCCAGGUUUGCCACACAAACCUUUGCCAGCUGACUUGGGUAAGGAGUCUUUGACUUUAUUAGAAAAAAUGAGAACUGCUAAUGGCAAACUUUCUACCGCUGAAAUCAGAUUAAAUAUGCAAAAAACUAUGCAAAAAGAUGUUUCCGUUUUUAGAACACAAGAUACUUUGGAUGCUGGUGUUAAGAACAUUUCUGCCGUUGAUAAGACCUUUGCUGAUGUUGGUACUGAGGAUCGUAGUUUGAUUUGGAAUACUGACUUGACUGAAACUUUGGAAUUGAAGAAUUUGUUGACUUGUGCCACUCAAACUGCUGUUGCUGCUUCUGCUCGUAAAGAAAGUAGAGGUGCACAUGCCAGAGAAGAUUAUCCAAAGAGAGAUGAUGUCAACUGGAUGAAACAUACUUUGUCUUGGCAACAACAUACUGCUGAUCCAGUUAAGUUGGGUUACAGACAUGUUAUUACCCAUACCUUGGAUGAAGCUGAAUGUCCAUCUGUUCCACCAGCUGUUAGAUCCUACUGA